UUGAAACAGAGCUUUAAACAACCACGUCUAUCUGCUGUACACCUGUACCUAGACUGCGACUCCUGCGAACCUUUGUCUGCUCCGGGAAUCCGAGUUCGAACGCACAUUACUGCACGAUCAGCCAAGCGAAAGCGCAGAGCGGAAUCGGACACAACACAGAUUUUACCCACUUGAAGGAGAAAAAAAGGCCACGAUAUUAAACGAUCGCUUUGCAUCAACCAAAACGCACGAACAUCUGAGAAAAGAAACCGCAACUGAACGGCUGAAACUUCCACUAUGGUCUACGUGCGGCAAAAGGAGCUCCCGGCGCUCAGGGAGUACAAGUACUCUGGAGUUGACCAUUCGCUGCUCUCCAAAUAUGUUCUCAAGCCUUUCUAUACCAAUUUCGUUAUAAAGUGCUUCCCCAUGAGUAUGGCCCCGAACGCUAUCACCUUAACGGGAUUUUCUUUUGUCGUUGCAAACUUUUUGGCCAUGCUGUGGUACACGCCCUCAUUGGACCAGGAUUGUCCCUCAUGGGUAUACUACUCUUGGGCCCUGGGAUUGUUCCUGUAUCAAACAUUUGACGCUGUAGACGGAACCCAAGCGCGACGAACCCGACAAUCCGGACCUCUUGGCGAGCUCUUUGACCAUGGUGUGGACGCUUGUAACACAUCACUCGAAGUCCUUCUAUUUGCCGCUUCUCAGAACAUGGGACAAAGCUGGCAAACUGUGGCUGUGUUGUUCGCAUCUCUCUUGACCUUCUACGUUCAGACCUGGGAGACCUACCACACCAAGACUCUGACUCUCGGCAUUGUCAACGGUCCCGUUGAGGGCGUUCUCGCAAUUGUCCUGGUUUUCAUCUUUACAGGAUACGUCGGCGGUGCGCACUUCUGGCAACAGAGCAUGUUCCAAACCAUUGGUGUACCUUCCACCGUUGGCGUCCCUUCUUUCAUCUACAAUCUCACCUUCACUGAGUGGUAUCUUGUUCAGGGCAGUAUCAUGCUAGUUUUCAACACCGUUGAAUCUUCUCUCAACGUUAUCCGUGCUCGUCGAGCCCGUGGAGAUCGUUCUCGUGGUGCUCUCCUUGGCCUAGUGCCGUUCUUCAGCAUCUGGUCUAUGGUCGUCGCCUAUCUAUACCUUCAGCCCAAGAUCCGCCAGUGCCAUCUCGUCCCAUUCGCCCUCUUCGCUGGCCUCGUCAAUGCUUACAGUGUUGGACAAAUGAUUACAGCUCACCUUGUUCACUUGCGAUUCCCUUACUGGAAUGUGCUGGGUCUGCCCCUUGCUUUCGGUGUCAUCGACUCCCUGGGACCCAUCUUCCAACAACAUCUUGGCGUCGGCUGGCCUAGCGCUCUUGGUGAUAGUGUUUAUCAAGUUGCCUUCAUGUUCAUGAUGCUCGGAACCGCUGUUGGUGUGUAUGGCAGUUUCGUUGUUGAUGUCAUCGUCACCAUCUGCGAUUAUCUUGACAUCUGGUGCCUGACCAUCAAGCACCCUUACGUCGAGAACGAAGGACCCCAGGCCAACGGUACUAAGAAGGACUAGAUUGUUACCUACACACUGAGACCUGGAGCAAUAAUGGGACUGUGAUAAACCAAGUCCUUGUACUACCUAGGCAACCCUUCAGUCGUGUAUCUCGUCCGAAGACUCGAGUAUGGAUGAAUUGUUGGGAGGAGACAAUGGAUACGUUGUCCACUAAAGAAGAGAGGGGAAAAUCAAAAGGGCUACGGUAUCUAAAAGGGGAGAGAACGAAAGUAAUAACGAUUGCUACAUAGACCGAAGCUUGAGAGAUAUUGUUUCGGGUAGGUUUAACGAGGGGGGAUAUGUAUGAUUUUCAUGACGAAGGGUUUUGGUUUUCUUCCGGAGUUCUGCAGCGUAUCUUGGUUUGUAUUAUUGGCACUCGAGAUGUGCUAGUGUCUUGGAGGCUGAUGUAGUAUAGUUUUGUAUCACGGAGAUUUUCCUG